ACAUGGUAGUAGUAGUUUCCUCGUUUCUCUUCGUGUUUGUUUACCUUCCCAGACUUGAGCAAAUAAUGGAUAAGGGCGGCUUUAGGUGUGUUGAAUGCAGCGAGAACGCACCGGAGCUGCACCGAGAUUACAGCAACGGGAUUUUAAAGAUAACUAUAUGCCAGUCCUGUCAAAAGCCUGUGGACAAAUACAUCGAGUACGAUCCUGUCAUCAUCCUCAUCGAUGCCCUUUUGUGUAAGACCCAGGCUUUUAGGCACAUUCUCUUCAACACAAGCUUAAAUAUCCACUGGAAGUUGUGUGUGUUCUGCCUGCUGUGCGAGGCUUAUCUCCGCUGGUCUCUGCUCCCCGGCUCCGAGCAAAGCACUGACCCCGCUGACAUCAUCAGAUACACCAAGGAGUGGGAGUUCUACGGCAUGUUUGGACUGGCCGCCCUCGAGCUGUUAGCAUUCUGCGGCAGUGUCCUUUUCUUCCUCUGGGUGGCAGUAGCUCGUCUGCGGGGCGGCACCCUGGAGUUCAGCCUCCUCGUCAGAGCGCUGCUGCUCUCCUGCUACGGGAAAUGCCUCCUCAUCCCCGCCGUCAUCUGGGAGCACGACUACUCCCCGCUGUGUCUGGGCCUCAUCAAACUGUUUGUGCUCACCUCAAACUCACAGGCGAUCAGAGUGAUCCUGAACAGCAGUCGCCGUGUGUCGCUGAUGGCCGUGGGUCUGGGUCUGCUGUCGGAGACGUGCGUCGCUCAGCUGUGUAAAAAGCUUCCGUGGAGCAUCCAGGACACGCUGACGUUAACCUCUGCUCCGCCGUAACGCUACGGUUAAAA